GAAGGCACAAUCACACACCUCUGGAAGGUUGCUCUGACCUACAGCUCCAGCCCCCUGCAGCAGCUGGAAGAGUGUCUUGCUGUACUCACAUCCCUUUCAGCCACAGCUCCUUCUCUUUGCUUUCUCUCUGUUGCUGUCUUUCCAGCCCUGUGAGACCAAGUGCUCUGUCCUCUGCUGCUGCUGCUGAAGCACGGCGAGGCUUUGAAGCAGUCUCCAUGACAAUCAGAGAUGUGCAGUCUGGAUCCCAACGGGGCUGAUGCAUGGCUGUGACUGUCCUGCAGAGCAAGGCUGCUCGGGUUCUUCAGAGCGAGCGGGAGAGCCGGCAGCAUCCCGGGCAUUUCCAGCCAGCGCCCGCCAGCAGCCCGACACCGACUGAAAUUUAGACGUCUUCAGAGAGGGGAGGAAGAUCCUCAUCUUCCGUAGCCUCCUCAAUGAGUGCCAAGCUCUCCAAAGAGUUGAGACUGUCCCUGCCGCCUUGUCUUCUGAACAGGACAUCUGCCACCUUAAAUACCAGCAGCACCUGCAUCACGCAAGUGGGUCAACUCUUUCAGUCCUUCUCAUCCACCCUGGUUUUAAUUGUCCUGGUCACCCUCAUCUUCUGCCUGAUCCUCCUCUCCCUCACCACCUUCCACAUCCACAAGAGGAAGAUGAAGAAGCGGAAAAUGCAAAGGGCUCAGGAGGAGUACGAGCGGGACCACUGUGCCCGCAGCAGCAAUGGCAGCGGCCAGCAGCAGCCCGGGACAGCGGUGCAGGGAGAGGCACCCCAAGGAAGAGACAGCCGGCUGGGAAGAGCCCCCCAGGACUCGGAGAUCCGGCGCCCCUCUGCCUCGGCAGCCCCCAGCUCUCAGCAGGCACAGGCUUGUUUGGACACAGCUGGCGCGGGGCUCCUGCAGACGGUGAUCUUGUCAUGAUGGCUUGGGGGAGACCUCGCCAAGGCACUGAUUGAUGUUUGUAAAUAUCUGAGUGAUUAUUCUAGUCCCCGAAGAAGAAGAAGACAUUGCUAAUUCAGAUGAACGAAGAAGCCCAUGAUCCAAGCGCAUGACAGAUCACAUUGCGAUUCUCAUUGACUGUGUGAGGAAAGGAUGCAUCUUUUUACUGGAGAAGGAGCUGCACACAGCUACUAAAUAGCGAGUCAUCCACCUGCACGACAGGGUCAGGGGUAGGGGGUCCCUUUUCUCUGGACAUUAUUACCCCAUGUACAGGGAUAGUUGGGUUUCCCAUGCUCUUGGGAUUCCCACUGCACCCUGUGUCAUUGUUACAUGGUGUGGGUUGGGGUGUGGGGGAGAGGCAGGUCUGGUGGGUGCCUUGGGACCCUUCUGUCAUCUCAGAGCAGACUGUGGUCUUUCCUUUUGUGCUGGGAUCUAUGCCCCUCUCACUCCUUUCCAGAGCUGGAUAUUGCUUGUUGUAGAAAUGGCCAUCCCUAGUUGGGCUUAGCUGCAAGCACCCUCUGACGCCAUGGCCCUACACCCCCAGCUGCAGCACAGAGUGACCCACUCACCAUCUGGGGGAUGGAGUCACCUGUCUGCAUGGAGUGGUGCCUGGGCUUUCCUCUCCCAUCAGCUCCCUUCAUCUUGAAAAGCACCCCCUUCCCCUUGCCAUGAACCGUGAAACCCAAACCCAGCAGCGUUCUGUGUGGAAAGGAGAGGUAAUGUGCAGUAACUUGCCUGUCCCCUCCAGGGAGGUUGUCUUUGUACCUCCUGUUGGUCCUGAAACAGCCCAGUUCUGCACCAGGCACCCUGCACUGAAUGCUUUACAGCUUUGUCUCCCAGUAAGGAAUCCUGCAGCACUACAGAUCCUGCUUGUACUUUUUUAGGCAGAUGUGUAUUUUCAACCCUCCUAAUCUUAUAGGCAAUUAGAUUCAGACAACACUUAAUUUUGUUGUGUUUCCUCUCUUGAGAAACAAAUAAUCCAGUUGUGCAAAACGUCCACUCCCAAAUCUUUGGCAGAUAAUUAUUUGUGAAGUGGCUGCUUAGAAGUGGUGUAGUUUAUCCCCAGCAAGCACAGAGAGUUGUCUCUGGAUGGUGGAUGUGAGUGGCUGCUGGUACUGGGUGUGUUGGAGGAUGCAGUGUAGUUUGAGAAAAUGCGUCUUUGCUUAGUGAUUAAAUCAAUGACCAUUAAUUGAAGGUGCCUUAACAGCAUGCCGUAUCCAAACUUUGAAACAUACAGUGUGGUAUUGUAGCAGAGGCAGCCCUCUACUGUGCAUACUAACAUCUAAAAAUUACAGCAAAGAAAAAGUGAUCCCGAGGGAUUUAUUUUUUUCUUUCCUUUCUGUUCCGUGAUUUAAAGUGAUUUGAGGAUAUAGUAUUAGUCUACAGUUUUUAAUAUUCUGUAUCCUUUGUAUUUCUUCUCUGAUAUGCUCUGUCUGCCAGGGUGGCUGAUUAAAGAAAUCCCAGGCACAUAGACCAGGAGGUCUGGAGCUGUAAUCUGUGAGUGAAUGUCAUUGACCAAUUUAAAACUGGGAAAGAGAGCUGCAGGAGUCCUCCGUUCUCCUAGAAUACCCUCAAAAUGCAGAGAUUCCAGGGCAGUAUUUCUGUUACCCAGUUUUCUCGCUUCCUGAUCUUUCCUGGUGUGAUGGGAAAUUGCUGUUAAGUUUGGAUCCAUGGUUCUAGGGAGGAGCUGUACCAGGGAGCCCAAGGAGCAGCCGCAGCCGCUGGGGUUGGUGUGGUGAGCUGACUGAUGGGGGGCUGUUCGCACAUCGCCGUCCCAGCCGAUGGCUCUUGCUGAUAAUGGGUGCUUCGUUGUUGCUGGGCAAGGAAAUUGGCUUUGUUUUGUUUCCCCUAAUAAAGGAUGCAUGAACUUGUGUGUUUAACCUCCUUAUGCAACUGCGGCACAGUGUUGCACCGCAGGGAAUAGAUUUAGGACAAUGAGGAGUGUUCAGUGAGCACUGAUGGAGCUUCCUGACUGUUGAUCUCCACUAAAUAGAGAGGUAUUACUUUCCCCUUUAUUUUGUGCCUUUAAACCACCCUCCCCCCCAUCAGCCCCCCCCCCCCCCAUCCCAAACAGUAUAUAAUUUCGAGUUUUAUAAAAGCAAUAAGAUGUUCCAAAUCACUCCAGUGCAUUUCUGGUUGAUGAUUCCACUUCUUUAGUGUCUGAAGUCAGAUACUCUUUCUUCUGCCUUAUGCACUCAAGGCAUGCAAUAAUUCCCCAGAAGUGUACUGCUUGUCACAUCUCAUUGCAGUUAUAAAAUUGCCCUAUUUUUGAAGAAAAAAAGAAGGAUGGAGAGAUAGAUAUCUAUGUCUUUAUAUAUAUAUUAUGGAUAUACAAGUAUAUGUAUUAUUUAUAUAAUCUCAUGCCACUGAAAGUAGUUGCGAAAGUGUGACUAGAGUUAAAAUAUUAUCAUGUAAAACUCUAUCCUUUGUUAAUUAGCUUUGAUUUAAUAUUUUAAUAUCUCUGUAUUUAUGUAAAUCUGUGUAAAUUAUAUGGUCUAUUAGUAAAAUUUCAUACUGACUUUAAUUUUCGCAGAACUGUGAGCUUCUUGUGGUGUCAUUUAAGGUUUUUUAUUUCUGAAGUUAAAUUAGACAAGAUAUGAGAAAUUGUAAAUUCCUAUUAUCACACAGAAUUACUGCAAUAAGGUUCAUGCAUAUUCCCAGUACACAGCCCUAUCUUGAGGUAUUGCAAGCUUAUGAGGUUUAAUUGAACGGUCUCAGGAGAUCUAGCUGAUACAAGCAGGACACUAAGGUUUUCAUUUUCAUGAAACAAUAAGCAAUCUAGGGAAUAGAUGUGGAUUUUUAAAACAGAGUUUAUGCUCGGAGGUUCUGUCAAAUCAAUUGCUUCAAAACCCUACAGCUACAGCUAAACUUCUGCACUUAGCAUUCAGUAUUAAUAAGGCUGAUGCUUCUUUCCCUUUCCCCUCCCCCUCCUACUUAAACUAGAAAAGAGUAGAAAAUCGUUCAUAUUUCUAAAGCAUACAUUUUCAGCUAAAUGUGAAACUGCCCAAAGGGUUUUGAAUAUACAUAUUUUAUGCAAGUGUAAUAUCUAUGUAUCUGUAUCCAUAUAUUUAAAUAUUUUUGUGUAACCUUUUCUACAAUAUUUGAUAGAGAUGCUGGGUAAAUGCUUGUACCUUUCUUGAACACGAGGAAGGGUUUUUACCCUCUCAAUGCGGACAUUCUUUCUCUUGUGAAUUUGCACUGGUUUUGACGAGUGACAGUGGCGACUGGGCAGCUGAGUGCUGACUGAUGGAAGCACAGACUGUCUUGGCUCUGUUGGGGGCACACCCUCCUGCUGGAUUUUCCUGGUUCUGAACUGGAGCUGGUUGGCCACUAGCAUCCUGCAUGUGUAAGAACAAGAAGUGCUUUGGGGCUCCACAGUUCCUGUCUGGUCCAGCUGUUCUGUGGAAGAAGCACGACAGCAGUGACUCCUUUUGUAGAGCCUGGAGAGAGCAGAGCUGAUGGGCAAUGGGACUGCACUCCUGUCCUCAGAGCCUGCUGCUGCCCUGGGGAUUCAUCCAGCUGCAACAGGACUGGCUUGCACUGGCUGCCAAGGGACUGGGAUCCACGUGCAGCCCACAUGGAGGGUGGCACCUCUCCACAUCACCGCUGCCCCUGCUCUGCACCCGUCCUGGCAGGCUCCACGGGGAUGGAAACCACUGCCUCCACGAGAGCAGCUGCUUCAGCCUGGUGGCACUGGGGAACCUGCACUGCUACUGUUAGCUCUGUCUCUGUGGACUGAGGCACUUGGGUUCCUGCGUGGAUCAUGGACGGGGAAUGUCAUUUCAUCCCAAUGUGUCAUUCCGGCAGUUUUUUCUUUGGGGGUUUGUCUACUGCAAAUGUAGUUUCAGAUAAAAUUUGCCGGGCUCUCCAUCCAGACAUGUUUUAACUUUUGAUACAUCUCUCUCAGAUAUAUAUCUGUAAAUUUAUAGAUAUAUAUCUCAAAAGAAAUGCUGGACAAAAAGCAAAGAACAGAGACUUCACAUUAUUGACAAAACUGUCCUAUGACAAAAAAAGCUUUGUUUUUUUGAAUUUUAAAAUUAAUUUUAGAGGCUGCAUCUUUAAUGUAAAUAGCAAGUUACUCUGUGAUUAAUGUUUUCCAUAGCAUUUCUGAGUAAUUGCUAUCUUGUUUCUGGAAAGCUGUGUCCAGUGUUAUGAAGCAACUGUGCUUUUUUCCUUCUGUCGUUAUGAAUAUGAGUGCAACUUUUAUGUAGGGAGGAAAAAAGGACAGGAUUUGACUCUUUAGAUAAAACUGAAUUAUUUUAAAUCCAGUUAUAGGACUUGGUUGCUUUUUUUCCUUUCUUGUGGUUAUUCUCUCUGCACGUUCAUAUUUUUUCUAUGGGUACUUGAAACCCUGCAUUUUAGUAAGUAUGCAAGAUAUGAAGGGAAAUAUGACAAAUGAUGUAGGAAAUAUUCUUUUUCCUCUUUUGUGUAAAUAGCAAAAUUUAUAAUGACUUAGAUACUGUUUCAUUACAUUUCUCAUCUCUAUAGAAUUUGGCAUGACACAUAUACGAACCUUUAACAGCACUUGCAUUUAUGUUGAAAGUUAGAACUACUUUUAUCCAGGAUUGGCUUAUUCAUCUCUUUCGGUAUCCAACAUUUUUCCCCCUAAGCCAAGUUUUCCAUCUGAGUGCAAAAUAAAUUUCUAGUAGAACAGAACCUCCUUCUGUUUUUAGUUUUUUACAUGUAGGUCUCUGGUCUGCAUCCAGCCAAAUUCAUUAGUGUAGAACACGCAUUAUGAACUUGCAAGAGCUGGAUGGUGUAUGAGCCUGGAGGAGAGAGGUGACUGGCAAGCAAGCAGGUGAAAUGCCUGGCAGUGGGAAUAGUUGGCUUUCUUGUGUGGAGCUGUGGAAGGGAAGCCUCCCCUUCCACUGGAUGGACCUGGGGGAAGGGCGACCCAUUCCAGCCGCAGCAGAGACAAGUAUUGAUGUCCUUGCUGAUCCUGUUGCUCUAAAACGUUCAUUUUCUAUAUGACACUGGCUCUUAUUUCUGUAAAUUAUAUGUAAUGUAUUUCUUAUUCAAGUCAAAGAGGUUUUCAUUGCUUCAUCGGUACUAUAUGUUCUAUGUGGAUAAUUAGAAGACUUAAUUUUCCAACCCUUUUAACCUAAUACCUCUACAAGCGUCAAUUUUGUAUGACUUAGAAAAUAAAUAAAUAUUUGGAUCAGAACCCU